AUGAAAACAAUGAAACUGAUCAAAUUAGCAGCGGCGCAGAGACUGAACCCAAGUUUCCAGCUAGCGCUAAUAAUCGCGCCUGUGUUUAGUGUGAGGAAGUACCAUGUAAAGAAGCUUCCUUUAUCUUCAGGUUUCUCAUAUUGGUUUGCACCCACGGAUGCCAAACUCACCCGUGUCCCAGCUGUUCCAGUGGUCACUAGAGCUAAGGCUACAUACAAGACCCCGAACUGGAGUUUUGAUGGCGAUUGGCAUAGGAUUGACCCUGUUGCACAUGGUUGA